UUCCCAGACCUGAGUAAUGGCGGACUGACCAUCAUGUCUCAGGUGCCUUCGAAGUCACGGAGUGACGGAAGCGAAUUAGAAAACCAGGUUAUUUUACGUGUUCCUCAGGCAUAUGCCUCUCCUCUGCGUCUUGCAAUCCAAAACGGUACACUGAAGGAUAGACUUUCAAUUGAACUUCAAGCUGACUUCAGGCAUGCAACAGUGAGAUUUGAUGGGGCAGCCCUAUCAGCUAAGUUAGUAGAUCUGCCAUGUGUGAUAGAAUCCCACAAGACAGUGGACAAUAGGAGCUUUUACAAGACAGCAGAUAUCUGUCAGAUGUUAGUUUGCUGUGAGGAUGAUAACCAAACGGAUGAUGAAGAUAUUUCUCCUAAGAAGGAGUCCAAGAGAUUUAUUUGGAAUCAUGGAAUUACUGGUCCACUGAAGAAUGUACGCAAACGACGAUUUCGAAAAACUGCUAAGAAAAAGAUUGUGGAGUCACCAGAAGUUGAAAAGGAGGUCAAGCGUUUGUUGAGGACUGAUUUGAGUGCCUCUCAUGUGAGUUUUGAGGUCUUACAAGAUGAAGAGAAACAAGAUGAAAGUCUUGUAUCAGAUGCUGAAUUACUGAACACCUCAAUGCCUUCACCUCUAUCUUUAACACAAACUGAGGAGCAAGAUGGAGGUAGUGAAGACGAGGACAGGAAUGAACUGUUUGCCAUUCUCCAAGAAGCAAGUAGUGAUGAAGAGCCAGAAGGUGAUGAGGAUGCUGCUGAUACACAGGAAGAUGAUGCAGAUGAUUUAAAUGUUAAUGUAGACAUUGAAGAUGAUACAAAUGAAUUAAAUGUAGGUAAAGACAAUUCUAAGUCUGAGAUACAUUCUGCAAGAGAGAAGCUUAAUGAGAUCAGGGCAACUAUAACAGAGCAGGAAACUAGGGUGAAAGAAGCCUCUAACUUAUUUCUCAAGCUACGAUUUGAGAAAGUUCUUGAAGAACUUAAGUCAAAGGAAAAGGAUCAAGAGCAGGAGCUUCUUAGAUUGGAGAGCCAAGUUUAGGAUUUUGGUCAAUGUCAGGCUGUAAAGGAGUUAGAUUUUCAUGUCAUCUUUGUGAAGUCUACAGUAUACAGUCCAUAACAACCUUGUCAACUACACUUUAUGAAUCCAAAGGACCUCUCACUGGUGGGGAUUUAUUAUGGAAAAUGACUGAAUGAUGUACAGUAACUUGGAAAAGGAUACAGGAGCAGUUCAAGUAGACAAUCUAAGCCAAAACAUCCUCUCUGAUAAUGGUGGCCCAUCAGCUUCAUUUGCAUGACACUCACUUAUCAUUAGAUUUCUUACUAUUUUUUCAAUGUGGAUUAAGCCUUUCAGUUCCCAGCUCCCCAAGUAAGCAAUGGUUUUGUUCUGAAAGUCUUCAGUGACUGUUUGGUAGGUUUUCUGCGAGAUGUACUGUCCAGAAAAACAGCAUUUCCUUUACCAUCAGGUGUGAUUAAUAGAAUAGAUGGAUGUGUUGCCUGCUUUCAGAGACUCUUUUCCUUCUUGAUCAAAAAUUAUCUUGUUUGAGCUCAAACUGAAAAGGGAAUAUGCUAAUGAAUACCAGGCUCUAAAUUAAAGGCUAUCAAAUCAAUAAAAGCAACGAUACAUCCUUUAAAGAGUAUCUCUGUGUUCCUUAGACAAAAACUUUAUACUUAAAAUUAAAAACUGAAUUACGUGA